AUGACAGACACCAAGCGCUCUUCUUCUUCCAUCAUCCCCUCCAUCAUCAGCUUCAUCUCCCUCCUCUUCCAAAUUGCCAUCCUCGUCGUGCUCGUCCUGUUCCUCAAGGAAUUCAAGGACAUUCAGAAGUCCGAUGGCAGCUCGAUCCGAGUCAGGCCUACGUCCCAAUUCGCAGUUCAGAGAGUCGAGGUGAUCAAUACCCGCUCGUCAGCGAUUCCCGUUGCCCUUCCCGACUCUUAG